UCCUUGUCAAAUAAGUUUCUUCACUCUCCACUCCAUAAUAUCAACUUCAUUCUAAAUAAUUAGAAAGAACAAAUUAUACAUGUCUCCACAAACAUAAAUAAUAUUAGUUGCUUAAAGAAGAUAUAUUAUUUAGAAUAUUAAAUACACCGGGAAAGUAAUUAUAUGUGUGGGCGGGUAUCCAUGGGGCGGGUUUACCUAAACCCAAACCCAACCCAACCCGAUGAAUAGUGUAGCGGGUUUAAACCCGAACCCGGCCCAAAACCAUCCCACCUUUGCCAAGCUACGAUGGAGUCACCAAACCUGAGGAUCAUCUAAACAACUAGUUCACGAAAAUGCAACUUUACAAUAGUUCAGAUGCCACACUCUAUAAGGUGUUCCCUUCCACCUGCGCAGUGGUCGUUCUAGACUGGUACCACUAAAUUGAUGAGGGACGCAUUGAUUGCUCUGAACAGUUUGUUAAAUUGUUCUUGUCCAAGUUUGCGAGCCGGAAACGUCGAACCUUAACUAUAGCGCCUUGUUUAAGAUAAAGCAAAGAGACUGAGAGGUGCUUAGAGAUUUCUAUGACCGUUGGCUUUCAGUAGGAAUGGCGGUCAAUGAUGUGCAACCCCCAGUUCUGGGGUGUUGCCUCGAACAUUCACGUCAAGUGAUGAGCUAUGUCGGGCGCUCUCAAAGAGGGAUGUGGUCUCAACGGAAGACUUGGAUAAUAGGGUUCAAGAAGUGAAUCAUGUUGGAAGAAGCUCUGCAGCAAGGAGGGUUGAAAAGAGGCGCCUAAGGGGAGAGGAGAUCGACGUUCGACAGGCGCCACGAAUCAUGAUGGGGGAAACGCCCCGUCGAGGAGGACGGAGGCACAACGCCCACCGUAAAGAAGCAUAGGGAAUUUUAUGGAAUAUAAUGAUACACUGAAGAAUGUCCUGCAAAAUGUGAAGGAAAGAGGGUACCAUGUGCGGUGGUCAGGACGGAUGCGAGGACAGCCCAACGAGCGUAAUCUUGAUCGAUAUUGUGAUUUUCAACGGAGAAAGGGCAUCACACGGCCGAUUGCUAUCAACUGAAAGCAGAGCUACAUAAUUUGGCAGACAGGGAGAUGCUCAAUGAGUUCGUAAAAAAAAAGCGAAGGAGAGAACUCACCUCACCUUUAUGGCAAGGGAGAAGAAGCAGGCGCCGGUGAAUGCGGACAAGCGGUUGGGCGCUGAGAUGCCGCCCCCUCCAUUUGAGGUGACCCAGGAGGAAAAACCGGACCGUCUUAAGCUUACGGUGGAGUCGAUCACUGGCACGGUUGACCUUCGAGAGAAACUGGAGAGAAGUAGGCACCUCAGGGCUGCGUCCUUGGAGGCAAAGGCAGUGGUGCAAAUACACUCCAAUCAGGAAUCGGAAGAGGCAUGCCAAGUCCCAUCGGUAGAAGCCCUAGAAAUACAAGGUGUGAUCGCGGUGUGUAAGGUGAAAAGGAUGUUGUUGGACACUGGUAGUUCAAUGGAUGUUCUGUUCAAAAGUACAUUUGAGCGCAUGCAGCUGGCGCCUGAAAUGGUGUACCCCUCAAGUUCGGUGCUAAUAGGAUUCUCGGGGGCGCCUGCGCAAGUAAUUGGAAGGGUGCGCCUUCCGGUCACGCUGGGUGACGAAGUUCACCGUGUUACGCACGCGGUAGAAUUUGGAAUAGUGGACAGGCCCCUAUUGGCGUUAUUCAAUGGAGUGACGUCCACUUGCCACCAAACACUAAAGUUCAUCGCGCCCCAAGGGAUUGGCAUCUCGAGGGGAGAAAGCAUUCCACGGUAUGCACUUGAAGAUGAAGCAAAGGGCACCACCCGAAGGCACAAAGUGAACAAUGUUGAUGUCUGGCCCGAUGAGGGGCCUAGAGUUGAGGCAAUGGACGAAGAACUGGCCAUAGCAAUCGAUGAGGAGCGCCCGGACUGACAAGUUCGCAUUUCGGCUCAAGCGCCCGAAGAAUUAAGGUCUCCCUUGAUA